CCAAAAAAUUAACACCUACAAUGUUUAGAAAAUCACAAGCGUGCAAAUUUUCAGUAAUUCUAUAUGGAUAUCGAAAUAUGCAGUAUUAAUUAAGAUUUUUAUUUUAUCCAAGUUUAAAAGAAAAAUAAUGAUAAAACCAAUGUCUUCACAUCAAAGCGAAGCGCAUCUUACUUUGACUGUAUUUUCUCCACCUAAAUGUGUAAACAAAAUGGAUGAUCUACUGCAGAGAAAUGAUCGGAUCGAUAAAGAUGACGAAGAAGACGAAUUCUCCACUAUGACUGAAACAACCGAUAUUAGUAUUCAGACUAGGCUAAAUAGAAAAUGUAUACCCAGUAGCAUGCUUCGAAAAUGUAUAAAACAAAUAGUUCCAACACACAAUCCGAAGAAAAGAAACAUAAAAUUAAUGGACUGGAAGAGAUACCAUAGACUCAACGUAAUCUAUGCCUUUAUUGAUGAACUUGAAAGAGAUUAUCCUGCGAUUUGUACAGUCAGCGUGAUAGGGAAAUCUGUAGAAGGACGGGACAUCAAAAUGUUAAAGAUAUCCAACAGCGAUGCACGCAAUUCUGCUGUAUGGAUAGACGGGUCCAUACAUGCCCGUGAAUGGAUCAGCGCAUCUGUAGUUACAUAUAUAGCUGAUACAUUAGUUAGAAAUUUUAAAAAACUCUCAAACUCUAUCACCAACAAGGACUGGCAUAUAGUGCCAGUUCUAAAUCCAGAUGGUUAUGAAUACACACAUACACAAGAUCGUAUGUGGAGGAAAAAUCGGGCGUGCUACGAUGGACAAUAUGGUGUCGAUCUGAAUAGAAACUUCAGUUGUGGUUGGGGAAACAAUGGCGACGAAGGUUCUUCUGAUGAACCAAACAAUGUAUUCUAUAGAGGGCCGGCACCUUUCUCAGAACCAGAAACCAUAGCUGUAAGAGAUACAAUAUUGAGUUCAACGACGCCAUUCAAAGUAUUCCUGUCAUUUCAUAGUUACUUCGAACUAAUAAUUUUCCCAUGGGGAUAUAAGAAAGAUCCCUGCCCACACUAUCUUCAAUUAUUGGAAGGCGGUGCUGUAAUGGCAAGGGCAAUUUACGAUUGUACGAGAAUGACCUAUAAGGUUGGAAGUACUAAAGAUAUGACUUACUUUGCUUGUGGAACGAGUACGGAUUGGAGCUACGGUAUAGCGAAAAUACCUUUCUCUUACAUGAUAGAACUUAGAAGCAAAAAACACAAAUUCAAAUUGCCAAAAGACCAAAUUGUUGACACGUGUUCAGAAAUUUGGUGUGCAGUGAAGUGUCUAAUGGAUUUUGUCGAUCAGAAAUAUUCAGUCAAAGUGGCAUCUACAAAAGAUAUAACCCAAGUAUGGCAAGUAAAAUUUAUUAGAGAAGGUCAAAGGUAUUUUGUGAAGUCUUUGGAUACCGUAGGAGCAAUUAAUAUUUGGAAAGAAGAGCAUAGCACAAUGGAUAUAAUGGUGGAAGGUUCUAGAGCAGCACAAGUAUCUGGGAUGUUGCACGAAAGGGAGAUCCCAUACUCCAUAGCCAUCGGGGAUGUCAGAGCUAUGCUUGAACGUGAACAGGGUGCAACUGUUACAAAAAUGCCUAGAAUAAACUCUGCUGAUAUUCGUCAUAAUAUAGAUUGGAAACACUACCAUCGUUUGGACGUAGUAUAUGAAUUUCUGGAAAAUUUAUCGACAGACUAUCCAUAUCUAUGUAGCGUGAUUAUUAUUGGAAAAUCAACUGAAGGCCGAGAUAUUAAGAUGCUGAAGGUAUCAAAUGGCAAUAAGGACAAUAUAGGUGUGUGGUUGGACGGAUCCAUCCACCCUCGGGAGUGGAUCACCACCGCCGUAGUGACGUAUAUAGCUGACCGACUAGUCAGGACCUACCAAGAUCAACCUGACAGCGUCACUAACAAAGACUGGUACAUUGUGCCUGUACUGAACCCAGAUGGAUAUGAAUACACACACACCCAUGACCGCAUGUGGCGCAAGAACAGAGCUAAAUAUGGAGAGUGCAUUGGUGUUGAUCUCAAUAGGAAUUUUAGUUAUGGCUGGGGAGAGAAAGGUGAAGAAGGCUCGUCAGAAGAUCCUGGCAAUAUCUUCUUCAGAGGCCCGAAACCAUUCUCGGAACCGGAAACAGCUGCUGUUAGAGCCAUCUACCAAACUAACGGUCAUACUUACAAAGUUGGUAGCACCAAAGACCUCAUGUACUUUGCAGCCGGCACUAGCACAGACUGGAGUUACGCUGUUGCCAAUAUACCAUACUCUUAUAUGAUCGAACUGAGGGGGAAAACACACAGGUUUCUGUUGCCCAAAGAAGAAAUAAUCUCCACUUCUGUUGAAGUCCUCAACGGCGUUUUAAGUCUAAUGGACUUUAUUGAUAAGAAAUGCAGAAGUUCACAAUCCUGUGUAUGCCCGAAGUGAUGUUACUUAAUUUAUUCAUAAAAUAAUUUAGUUUUGGAGCAUUCUUGUCGACAAUUAUUGUAAACCAAGUAAGCCAUGAGCUUGCUUGGUACAUAAUAACAAACUAACCUUGCCAAACUAAAUUGUAUGAAAAAUAAAAGUGACGCAUUAAAUUAAUAAAAUUAUUAAAAAUAGUAAAUACUUAUUAUACGUCGUAAAUUUACUUUAAUAAAAAAUAUUUGUUUGAAUAUUUCUCUUAUAAUUUAACGAUCCAAUUUCUGGUUAUGUGUAAUUUAAAUUUUAUUUAUAUUUUAUGUAUAAUAUUCUUUUGUAUUUAAAUGA